ACUUUACUGAGUGUGUAGGGUCUGUAUGGUAGGUAGGCAUUCAAUAUGGCUGACAGAAGCUAGCUGAGAGAGGACAAAGAAGAUGGUUAUUGUCUGUAAAUUGUGGGUGAAAACAUAAUCUAAGUGGUUCAGUGUUUCAAAUAAUGUUACCUGAGGAAGGUACAGAGUAAAUACAAACAGUUCACUCCAUGUUCGUGUGGAAGAAUUGGGAAAACCAGAACUGGCUGAGGAAAGAAGCCAGUGCCUCCAAAAGUACAGAAAAAUGGCAAAUACCAUUUCUAAUAUGAAGAUGACUAACCCUCUAAAGGGGUUGGUGAGCAAGAGGCGAAAGCGUUAUACGCAAGAUGGGUUCAAUUUGGACCUAUCCUAUAUCCAGGAAAACCUGAUAGCGAUGGGAUUUCCUGCGGAAAAGCUGGAAGGAGUUUACCGUAACCACAUAGAUGAUGUUGUAAAGUUCCUGGAGUCCAAACACAAGGACCAUUACAAGAUUUACAAUCUAUGCUCAGAGCGUUCGUAUGAUGUGAACAAAUUUCAGCAAAGAGUUGCGAAUUAUCCUUUCGAUGACCACAACCCACCACGUAUAGAAGUGAUCCGUCCGUUUUGUGAUGAUGUGCACAAGUGGCUGACCAAGGAUAAGCGGAAUGUUGCCGCAGUCCACUGCAAGGCAGGCAAGGGCCGGACUGGAGUUAUGGUCUGUUGUUACAUGCUGCACAGUCGUCAGUUCCAAUCAGCUAAUGAGGCUCUCAGCUUCUACGGCCAAAAGCGAACCACAGACAGAAAGGGUGUAACCAUUCCCAGCCAGCGCAGGUAUGUGGACUACUAUGCCACCCUAGUGCAGGAGAAUCUAGAUUACCACCAAGUGGUGGUCUCCAUCCGCGAUGUCUUCCUGGAACCUGUGCCCAGCCAGUUCAGCGGGGGUCAGGGAAACAUCCAACUUGUGAUUUAUAACAAAGUAGAAGAAGGGACCAACAAAGUAUUUUCUUCUCCACCACAGGAAGUUAAGAGGGGUGAAACUCGUAUAAGCAUACACCUGGGAGAUAAUGUUAUAGUUCAAGGGGAUGUAAAGCUGGAGUUCUUCAGCAAACCCAAAAUGAUGCGGAAGGAAAAGAUGUUCCAUUUUUGGUUCAACACAUUUUUCGUGCGGGACCAAGCACCAGUACCUGAGCCGACGGAAAACGGCAACUCUGAUCUGAUCCCUGACCGGUCUAGCCGAUCCCUCAGCUAUGAGGAACAAUCACACCAUUCUACAUUUAAUGAAACAAAACCAAGGGGGGGCUCCCUGAGCCUAGACAGUGCGGACUCUAGGCCUCUCAUCCUCAGGAUAGGAAAGUGGGACUUGGAUGAUGCUCAUAAAGAUAAAACAAAUAAACUGUACAGUUCAGAUUUUAAAGUUAGUUUAGUUCUGGAGAGGGUGCCGGGGGAGUCUGGGGCCAGUUCGUGGAUACGCACAAAGGGUUCCCCACAAUUGCAUGAAACCCCGAGCGAAUCGUCCGAAGCUGAUUCCAGCGAUGCCUCCACGGGUGAAGAUGAUGAAGAGGGGUGGGAGUCAGGUGCCGGAGGGCUCGAUCCCAACCACAACCAAGGGUAUAGCAGCCGCCAGCCACGCCUCACCCUCAAUACUCUUAGCCCUAGGCUGUAGCGCCCUCUUCGUUUGCCACAUAAUAUUGUUGUAUAAAACUUUUCUGUGUUAUUUUUUUACAUUUUUUUUCACAAGUGUUGAUCUUUAGUUGUAUCGAUUGGCUUCGACGGGUGAUAUAUUUAAAAAAUGGAUGUACUUUGAACUUCACAAAUUAAAUGUAAAUGUGUAAAGAAAUGUCAAACAUAGUGUACAGUUAAAAAUUAUGAAACCACCUUUUGUCUUCUUGGGUAUGAGCUCCACUCUUGGUCUCGAUAACUGCUGAACUAUUGAUAUUGUGAUUUGCACUAUAAUUGUCCGUUAAUUGUAAGUAUAUAUAAAAUUACAUAGCCUGUUAUUUGUAGGUUCUAACUUGGUUAUAUUUACUGUUUUAAUAGUUUAAGUACAAAUAUUUUGUUAAAAGUAAAUCAGAAAUAUUAAAAGUUCAAUUUUUAUUGAAGUCAGGUGGGUGGUAUUAGCGCUGUGGGACAAAAGGUGUCACUCCUCAUUUGAUCUCAUUACAGAACUAAGAACAUGCUUGAAUGUGAAUGGGAUUGCGUCUCAGGGACUUGAAGGAUUGUCAUGUACAAACAGUGUAAAAUAUACAUGUAGUUUAGUUAGACAUAUGUGUGGCUAGGACAUACUAAAAUAUUCACCUUUUACAAUAAUUAUCUUGUACCUAUUAUUCUAUUGUCAAUGUCUUUCUUAAUUGAUACUACAGUUUUAAUAACAAUGUGUAAAAUUAAUGUGUUUGCAUUACAAAUUAAAUGCAUUGACAAUUUUCAAGACCAAA